GCCAGCCCCGCGGGCGGGGGAGGCGGAGGCGGCGCUGGCUGCUGCCGCCUUUGUCACAUCGCUGCUGCCUGCAGGAGCCUCGCCAUGCCCGGCUCGGAGAGGGGAGAUGCCCCCGCUGUUGACAUUGUGGACAUAUACGAAUCUAUACGUGAAAGACAGCGUCAUGACAGCGAAAGGUCUACAUGUAGUACCUUAGAGCAGAAUGACAUAGAAGCAGUCCAGGCGCUUGUUUGUAUGAGUUCCUGGGGUCAAAGAUCGCAGAAAGGUGACCUAUUAAAGAUAAGGCCACUUACGCCCAUCUCAGAUUCAGGUGACUUCACAAUGCAUGCAGAAGCUGCCUCUGAAUUACCAAAGGAUUAUCACUUUUUGUCUACACUGUGUAUGACCCCACCCCACAGCCCUGAUUUUGUUGAGUCAUCGACUACAAUGCUCCUUUCUUCACAAGUCACUUAUUCCAAACCAAGGACAGUCAUGGCAAAUACAUCUGUUUGCAUAGUCACCUCUACAAACUGUGCAUCUGCCAUAGCCAAACCAUCUGUCAUAAACAUGGAGAGACAGUCCAGUCGGAAGUCAGGAAUAUCUGAGCCACCUGUCCCUCAGCCUUGCAGGGCCAUGGCAACCAGUGUGAUACGUCAUACGGGCGAUAGUUCUGCUUACCCCCACAUUCCUGCUGUGCAAGUUAAAACAAAGGUAACUUCAGGCAAUUGCAGCACUUCCACAGACUGGUGUGAAGCACAAGACCGAAGACAUUCCAGAGUUUCAGAGGACAUGGAUACUGCUGAUGGUUUAAUUAGUAAUACUUCACCAGUACAUCAGCCUUAUUUGCACAACUCUACUUGCAACACUACCAAUAAAGGGCAACAGCCAAUACGGCCUGUUUCACCGCGGACUUGUUUACCAAAGAACUGUGACAACUGCCCACAGGAAAAAGCCACCCAGCUGCUGCAUGCCCCUGUUUCAAACCCCCAAGUCAUCUGCCAAAUGAUCCCUUUUAACAGGCAAAGAGGUAUGAUUUCUGCCUUUAUAAAACCCCCUACACAGACAGUCGCAACUACUGUCCAACCUAUUUUACCCCAAACAGCCCCAGUUUCUCAGCCUGUUCUCAUGGGAUCUUCUGUGCCUCACGGGACUGUUAUGUUGGUUCUUCCACAGACUGCUGUUGCACAGACACCGCAGUGCCAACAAAAUGUAAUGACUGUUGGAAAUACCAAGUUAUUGCCUCUUGCUCCUGCACCAGUUUUUAUUGCUUCUGGUCAAAGCUGUGCACCUCAAAUGGACUUCUCAAGAAGGAGAAAUUACAUUUGCAACUUCCCAGGCUGUAGGAAAACUUACUUCAAAAGUUCCCACCUCAAAGCCCAUCUUCGUACUCACACUGGAGAAAAACCUUUCAGCUGUAACUGGGAAGGCUGUGACAAAAAGUUUGCCCGCUCAGAUGAACUUUCUCGGCACCGAAGAACUCAUACCGGAGAGAAGAAGUUUGCUUGUCCUGUGUGUGACCGUCGUUUCAUGCGCAGCGAUCACUUGACAAAACAUGCUCGUCGUCAUAUGACUACAAAGAAAAUACCCAGCUGGCAGACACAGGUUGACAAACUGAACAGAAUUGCUACGGCAGAGAAACCUAAAAGUGAUGGUGCAUUGAACAUGCUCAUACCCAUACCAACCUCUGCCUAAGUGGGCUAGUUGGACAAAAAAUCUGCUUUCAGAACUUUCUAAAAGUCAGGAAGAGCUACAAUGGUUAAAAUUGAAUUGAUGAUGAUUUCUUAAUUUCUGUUCAUAUUUCCCUCUUUAAUAGUGCUGAAAAAGGUAUGUAAUUAUUUUAUUCAGUUUAGGCUCUGUUCUGAUGAUAUAUGAGAACUCAAUUGUGUCUCUCUCUUUUUU